GAACAGAUGUACUAGCGCAUGCAGAUCGGGUGGUGCCCAGGCUAGGUUGGAGACAGGUUGAUAGACUAGGAAAUUUAGAUAUAAAGUCUCCAGACAUAGCUCAAGCAUUCGGCUGUCUGCAUGAAGCAGCAAUAUACACUUGGGUAGUCCCCUCUGCUGAGCAGCAACAAGAAGAAGAAGAAGAAGAAGUUGUUGAAGAUGAACAAGAAGAUAAAGAGAAAGAAAAUGAAGAUGAUAAAGACAGAAAAAAUCAAACCGAUGCAGACACACGAGAAGAACCGCCUAAACAUACAGAUGCAGAACCAGAAGAAGAGGUGCCUCAUCCACCAAGUUCUGCUGCUGCUGCUGCUGCUAGUGCUGCUGCUGCUGCACAAGCAGCAGCAGCUGCUAAAGGUGAUAGGACAGAUAAGAGAGAGAAAAGCAAAUAUGCUGAUUUAGAUGUGCACUCCUUUACCCCCCACACGCCUUCUCAGGGGAUGAAUACACCUGCUGCUGCUGCAAGUAAGGCAGCAGCAGCAGCAGCAGCACUUCCACCCUCUGCUGCUUCAUUAGCAGGAGAACCACCCGCACCGCCUACUCCGACAACACCAUAUGCAGCAGCAACACCAGCAGCAGCACCACCAGCAGCAGCAGCAGCACCAGCAGCAGCAGCAGCAGCAGGAACCCCUUCUCGUCGACAUACAGGGCCUCUAUCUGUUACUGAAGGCAGCACUUCUCAUGUUAGCGGCUCCGGGUUUCGUUCAAUCCCAAUAAUUGAGCGAGGAGAAGAAACACAUAUUGCAGAUUAUGCAGCAACACACUCGGCAGUCUCAUCCUCUGCUGCUGCUGCUGCUGCUGCUGCUGGGGGGGGCCUAGAGCCGCUCCCGUCACGAGACGAGGGGCUUCUAAAGAAACGCACAGAAGCAGAACAGGAGAGACAGGCGCACAGCUUAGCAGCGCGGGGUCAGGGUUUGAAGCCUUCUUCUUCUCGGGGGUUUGACCCGAAGUUUAAUCUGAGGUUAAUAGAGCAUGCGACAACAGAUGCAGGAGAGCGGGAGGUGUACAUACACCGCAGAAGCUCAGAUGAAGGCAGCUGCAGCAGCAGCGCAGAAGAAGAAAAUAUUGAUUUGUUAGAGGUUACGAUUCAAGGCAGAGACCCAGCAACAAGAGCACCGCUUUAUAAGUUAACAUGCAGAGGAGGUGCUGCUACAGCAGCAGCAGCAGCAGCAGCAGCAGCAGGUGCAGCAGCGGAUAAGAGAAAAGAUAAACAUAUUGUUGCUAAAGCUCUUACAACCCUAAAAAAAGCCGUUGUACACCCCAGAACCCCUGGCUCUAUUUUCGGUGGUGCAGCAGCAGCAGCAGCAGCAGCUGCAGCAGCAGCAGCAGAAAACCCCACAGGAGAGCACCUGCGACGCAGCCGCACUGUUGGGCCCCGCGAGUCCGACAAGGCAGCAGCAGCAGCAGCAGCAGCAGCAGCACCAUUAGCUACUAGGCUGUCAAAGAGCAAGACAGGGCUGGGUAUAUAUCGGGGUAGCUCUGGAGCAGCGGCAGCAGCAACAGGCGCAGCAGCAGCAGGAGCAGCAGCAACAGGAGCAGCAGCAGGAGCAGCAGCAGCAAAGGCUUUUCCUUAUCCUGCUGCUGCAGCAGACGGUAUGUGCGUCAGUAUUAACAUCAACGGGGACCCUUUAACACCAGACAAAAUGCAGAAGCCGAGAAGAGACAGCACAGCAAGAAGGUUUGAUACAGACGCCACGCUCAUCUUCGGCGAUGCCCCCGAGGGAGACUUCGCUGAACAAAGAAAACAUAAAAGAGGAUUGUUUCGUUUGUUGUCCGGGAAGAGCGUCGGGCUGCGGGGGUCGCGGCAUCAGUUUGGGCCGCCGGGGCCUGAGGCUUCGUUUGGUGUAUGCAGCUCUUGCAACUCUAAAAAGUCUUCUCUUUCUGCUUUUAAAACAUCACCUCCUGCUGCUGCUCCUGCUGCUCCUGGUGCUGCUCCUGCUGCUGCUGGUGCUCCUGGUGCCCCUGGGAACGGAGGGGGUGAUGCUGCUGCUGCUGCUGUUGCUGUUGGAGAGUGGAUGCGCCACCAGCAGCAGCAGCAGCAAAUGCAGCAGCAGCAGCAAAUGCAGCAGCAGCAGCAGCAGCAGCAGCAGCAGGGUGGAGAUGUUGGAACGCCUGCAGCACGAACACUUCCUAUCAGGGCUUUGGAGAGGACGCUGCCUCUGCCUACAUCAGCAGCAGCAGCAGCAGCAGCACCAACAGCAGCAGCAGCAGCAGCAGAUGAUGGUGCAGAAGAUCAGCCACUAAAGACUGGGGGCCUCACUGACUUUUCGGGUCAAGUUCGUUCCAGCUUCUCCUUGGCGAGCUCAGAAAGCUAUUUUGAGCUUCCAAUGUCUCCUCGCCCAACAGAAGGAGGUGAAGUAUGCGGUGCUGGGAGCAGCCGACGUAAAGUGCUACGUAAAGAGAGAGAAGGAGAGUUAUAUUUGAUGAUAUUUAAUGCAUGCAGAGAGAUGUAUCACCGCCUUUAUCAUAAACAAUGUAUAGGCGGAAGCGCUCUUCUCUCUUUAAACACCAGCUUAGAUUUAGCUAAUGACUUCGCAGUCGGCAAAGUCAGACAAAACCCUAUUCGAGCAUGGGCGAAUGUUUUGCAAGAAGAUGCAGAACAACAGAAACCCAAAAGCAAACGAGCUAACAUGACGGGGUUUGAGUAUGAGUGGAGUACACUGCAGUCGCGUCUUCACUGUUUACAGUAUCAAAGAAGUUUUGUUUGCUGCGUUUUGAACCGAUUUCCUUCUGCAUUUUUUCGUUCUUUGUUUAAUGCUGGAGCCUGCCAAGGAGACUUAGAACAAAUAUUAGCUUUCGUUGAUGUUCAUGAAGAACUACUCGAUAAAGGAGGCAGAAGCAUGCAGCUCCUCAUGGGCAAAGAUCUCCUGUCUAGCUACAAGCAGCAGAUAUUAUCUGCCAAGCGCUUUGUUUUGUAUAUUCGAGACUGUUACCCCGACUGCUUCCGUUUUGCUGUGUGCAAAGUAGCAGCAACUCUGCUUCUCAACCUCAAGAUCAAGCUGGUGAAGGACACGGCUUCAAAGGGUUUAGUAUUAGAAGAAGAUAAAGAAAAGUUGUUGCAGAUAUUAGAAGAACAGCAGUUUCGUUUAUCUCGCUUCAGACCUUGUCUGCUUUUAAUUAGACCCCAAGGCUGCUUCUUCGCUACCUUCCCUUCCGCAAACCCAAUACCAAGGGGCCCCUCAGGGGCCCCCCUGGGGGCCCCCCUAGGGGCCUCACUAGGGGGCCCCCAGGGCCACACAGGGGGCACCAUGGGGGCCCCACUGGGGGCCCCCCGGGCCUCACAGGGGCCUCUCUAG